ACAACUGUACACCCACUAUCAUAUAUAAAGUUACAUAAAUUAUGCCCAGUCAAACUGGGACGGCGAUCCACAGAGCGUCAAAUUCUCGGCCCGCGUGGGACCCGAGGUUAGAAAGUUUAUCAAAAAGUACCUAGCGUAGCACAUUAAUGUCAUGAGGAAUACUCACAAUCCUUUCAGCUCUGGCGAAAAAAAUCCAUUGUGCAGACACAUGCCCAACAAAAACUUUCAAGCUUGGAUUGAUGAAGCUUCAAAAAAUGAGGUAUUUUUGCACACAUUUUUCUUUCCUUCUCACUCUGUUAUUCAUUCUGUCGUGUCUGACUGUUGCACUCAGUCUCAAUUCCACACAAGUUGAAGUAAUGAAAAGCUCUCUGCUUGUUCAUCUAUUUGGAUGGAUGCUGCUUUAAAUUCUGACCCGUGUCAAUGGGAUCGUGUAAAGUGCAGUGAAAAUAAGGAUAAUGUUGUAAAACUCAACUUGUCUGGUCUUGAGUUUUAUGAAAGUACUUGGCAGUUUGUGUGUAAGCUGCCAACCCUUGAAUUUCUUGACCUGUCAAAAAAUAACUUGUCUACCCCAUCUGAAGAGGAAAUUGGAUCUUGCAUUAACUUGGUUUCCCUGAAUCUGAGUUACAUUUUCAUGUCAGGCACCCUUCCCUCACUUAAUCGUCUUCAGAAAUUACAAUCCCUGGACAUAUCUCACAGCAAUUUCGAAGGAGGUUUAACGGCCCAAAUCCAAAAUUUGAGAGAGCUCAAGACAGUCAUUGCGGCACAUAAUAAUUUUAAUGGGUCGGUGGCAUUUGGGAGUCUAAAGUUGGAAAAAGUAGAUGUCUCCUAUAACCAUCUUAGUGGUGGAUUUCCCCAUGGGCUUACUAAAUGUACCAAUUUGACUUAUCUUGCCCUCAAAGACAACAGUUUUAGUGGCCCAAUUCCUGAUGAUAUUAGCGGUCUUGCCAAGUUGGAAACUCUGGUCCUCUCUUUUAAUAGCUUCUCUGGCAGUAUACCUGAUGGGCUGUCAUCCAUUGCAGGUUUAGAAUAUCUUGAUCUCAGCUACAAUAAAUUAUCAGGAUCUAUUCCUCUAGAAGUGUUUUGUUUGAGCAAUCUGAAGACCCUGUACCUUACCUCCAAUUUGCUCUCUGGAAACAUAGCUCAGAAUUUCUCAAGAAAUCUGAUUUGGUUAAGCAUAGAUAAUAACAACUUGACUGGAAACAUCCCUUCAACUAUUUCGAAUGCCCCAAAUUUGACAGGGCUAGAAAUGAAUAACAACUUUCUGAAUGGCCCAAUUCCAGAGCAGCUAGCAAGUUGUACUAAACUCCGGCUGCUUAAUCUUGGACACAAUCGGUUGGGAGGCUUACUUGCUCAUGUUCUGCCUAAACUUCUCCAGUUGCAGUAUUUAAAGCUGCCAAAUAAUGAAUUUAGGGGAAGCAUUCUAGAUAAGCUAUCAAAUUUGUCACGACUGACAUAUUUGGAUCUGAGUAACAAUUACCUUGAUGGAACAAUUACACGAGGAACUGACUAUAGUAAUAUGAAGUUGAGUUUUUUGAAUCUCAGCCACAUCUCUCUGGAAGGCCGAAUUCCGACCCCUCUAUUGAACCUGAUAAAUUUAGAAACAUUAGAUCUUUCCAAUAAUAGGUUGACAGGAGAAAUUCCAGAGUCUUUAUCAUAUAUGUUUAAUCUUCAAGCAUUGAACCUGUCGAACAAUGAAUUAACAGGCAGAAUUCCACAAGCUUUCAAGAACAACAUAUACAUAGGCUUCACUUUGAAUGUUACAGGAAACCCUGGUCUUUUUCAAGAGCAAUCUAAUCGGCUUUCCACUAGGAAGAAAAAGCCUUCAGUAGGGUUGCUAGCUGGUGUUGCUGUUGCUGGAUCCCUGUUUACCCUUGGGGUAGUUGUAUUGACAAUUUUGGCAUGUAAAUACUUUCGAUACAGCCGAGAGCAUGAAAUAUCUGAAGCCCAACAAGAGCGUACAAUAAAAGGCCUUUUUAUUCUACUUUUGGGAUUUCUGGGGCUGAACUUUCACAGACAUAGAUUCGAUCUAUCAGAAGCAAUUGAUAAAAUCCUUCAGAAGGUGGAGCAUCCACGGAUCUCGUAUGAGGAGCUUCUCGAAGCAACUAAUAGAUUCCACAAAUCCAAUCUGCUGGCAACAAAUAGCUUUGGAUCAGUCUACAAAGGAAUUUUGGCUGAUGGAACCCCUGUUGCUGUAAAAGUUCUCAAUUUAAUGCAUGAGGAGUCAGACAAAAUUUUUAAAGCAGAAUGUAAGGUUUUGCAAAAGGCUCGACAUAGAAAUCUUGCAAGAAUCAUAACCACAUGUUCCAACCAUGACUUCAAAGCUCUGAUCUUUGAAUUCUUUCCAAAAGGAAGCUUAGAAAAGCAUUUGUAUCAGCACAGUUGCAGAUUGGGACUGAGGGAACUGCUGAGCAUAGCCAUAGAUAUAGCCUUUGCAGUGGAAUACCUUCACCAUGAUUGUUAUGUGCAGAUAGUGCAUUGUGACAUAAAACCAAGCAAUGUUCUUUUAGAUGAAAGCCUGACAGCCCAUCUAUCAGAUUUUGGGAUAUCCAGAUUGCUGAGCAGAACGGCAGUCAAUUCAGCAACUUCAACUAUAGAUUUAAGAGGUUCAGUGGGCUAUAUAGCACCAGAAUAUGGAUUAGGUUGCAUGAUGUCCCCUCGAGGAGAUGUUUAUAGCUAUGGAAUUUUGUUAUUGGAAAUGCUGACAAGGAAGAGGCCAACUGAUAGUUUGUUUGAUGGAGCUCUGAAUCUGCAUAAAUGGGUGAAGCGAGCAUUUCCAGACAGGAGUGUUGAGGUGGCUGAUAAAAACCUGCUAGUGGAAGGGGCUGGCCAAAAGAAUGCAGCGUGUGUCAUUUCAUUGAUGCGCGUUGGUUUGUUGUGUUCAGCGGAUUCACCUGAAGCUCGGCCCACUAUGAGAGACGUGUCGAAUCUGUUACAGGAGAUUCAACAGGACUUGACCACCGACACAACUACCCCCAUGAAAUUAAUGCCCACAAUAUCCAAUCUAGUUUCUGACACGUGUGCGAUACUUAAUUAUGAGGACGCAUCAGAAACCCCGAGUUCUUCUUUUUAGUAUAGGUUGUUAGGAUUAGGGACUAGAAGACGGCGCUGGCUAUGCAGGGGAAAAUUUGCACCGCACGGUCAGCGCCUUCCUCUAUGCAUUGCACGAUCUGUCAGCAGUCUGCAGCGCCUUUAAACGGAAAACGCCCACUUGCACCCGCCGGAACUUCCAACCGUUCU